AUGUAUAUGAGUGCGGUCAGUGCUGCGCAACCAGACGCAAACUCUCAGCAACAGAUACCUGGUGGAUGGGAUUCAUCUUCAUCAGCCUCUAGUCGAGCUGCAUCCUCUGAAUCCUCUGAAUCCAUCCCAGACGAGAUGUUAUCUGGCAGUAUACUAAAAACAGUGCCAGAAGCAGAUGAUGGCUACGAGACCCCGCGGCCUGGCAGCCGCCAGACAUCAGCGGCCUCACUGCAGUUGAUGGGCGCACAGACGCCCACGCCGCAGGAGUCGCAUUCACGGAAACAGUCCAAGCCAUUUCUGACCAUCGACGAAAUCACUGUGUGGUUUCCGCUAGGACUUGAAGCAGGAGAGGACUUGGACACACAAAACACAAAUACUACGGGGUCAUCGAACAUGAAUUUCAAGCCGCCAAAUUUGGGAGAAGAUUCCAUCUUCGCUGAGAUGCCGGGCUCCUUUUCCAACUAUGCGCACUCUUCGUCCCACCGACGGAAUUUUUCUGCGGAUGAUUCAAUUCGAUUACGCUCCACACCGAAGCCUCAUCGAGUAGAUCCACCUACUGAGCGAUCGAGUAGCACGCCUCGCCCACAUGUGAGCGUUGAAGUCGGUUCCAUAGCAGCGCACAUGGAUAUCUCAACCGGCCGGACCAUGCUGGGAAUGCUUAAUCGGGCUUUACAAGCAUUUAAUGAUGAUACGACACAGUCUACGACGCAUUCUACGACCACAGCGAAAUCAGAAGAUAUGCCAGACCAUGCAAACAGCAGCGUCGAUAUUUCUGUCAAGCACAUUGGCAUAGCUUGGUUGGAGAAUAUACUAGCUGACUCAGUACAUGACCCAAUCUUGAUGCGGCUGUUAAAGCUGGAUCCUUUGGAAGCGAUACUGAGGAUCAAUCUGGCUGGCUUACAUCUCACAACCCGCACCAGCGAACAAGGGCUCUACGCGAAAUUGCAUAUCGAAAAAUUCUCAAUAGGCUCCUUGGACCACGAGAUCAUUUCUUUCCAGAAUUUGCGGCCUCGAUCGAACCGAUCUGUCAGCGCUUUGCCUCAACAAUUGAAACACGAUGUUGAAAUUGAUUACGAACAGAGCAAAGAGAAACGUAUUACAGUUGUCACCCGGCCGAUAAAGAUUAUGUUUGAUAUGCAGAAACUGGAUGAUGCUUUAGGCGCAUUCGGUGGCUUCAGCGGAAUGUUGGAACUAAGCACUUCUAUCAGCUCCAACAGCCAUGUGCAGAGCCCUACUGCAAUUUCACCACAAAUGCGACCUCGCGGAGUACAUUUUGGUGACGGAUUGCCACCACCCGCCAAAGCUACUCCGAUAUCUACUGCAGUGCCAAAAAUCCAGGUACAGUUUGGCGAAGUUUCAUUGACGCUUAAGGGCAACGCAUGUUCUGUGCAGCUGCAAACCACAUCAGUCCGUGUUGCUGUACGUGAAAGCAAUGUUCGUCUCAAGAUUGCUGAGAUCCAGUUCCUCGGACCAUACGUAGAUGCUUGCCAAACAGGCACACCAUUACUAGUGGAAGUUCGAGGUACUACGAUCAACUUUCUGUUCGCGCCUGAGGAGAUGGAUCUUGCUCGGUUGAUAUCUUUAAUCACGCCCUCCAAGGAUCCGUACGAAAAUAACGACGACAUUCUAAUCGACACUUUGCUGCGCCAACGCAGAAAGGGUUCUGUUCUUCGAAUCGAAGUUGCUGAAGCGGGAUUACGUAUAUCAGAUCUGCAGCAAAUGAAGACAUUCGAGGCCCUUGGUGCUGAGAUGGCCAGUUUGUCCAAGGUUACGAAGUAUCUUCCAGAUGAUGAUCGGCCGGGAUUGCUCACACUUGCGUCAGUGAAACAAUUUGACGCCAGAGUUGCUAUCAACGAGCAACUUGGUGAUGUAACAGUAGCAUUGAAAAAUUCAGCAGUGGCGCAUGUCGGAGUGCCUGCUCUGUUGGCUGUAGAGAUUGGAAGCGCAGUUGUCAGUCGCGAGGACGAGAUCCUUGUCCACGAAGCCGUCAAACUGCGAGCACCGGAGCAUCUACCUGCCCUUAUGAUGAGAAUUGUUGGUGACGAGAUGGAACCUAUCAUCAAGGCCAAACUCUUCAACCUCUGCGUUGAAUACCGCGUUUCAACUAUCAUGGCGGCGCUUGGCAUACCUGAGACGGGGACAGCAGAUGAAAUAGCUCUAGGCAUUGCAUCAAGCGUCGCAACCAUCAGAAGAGCCCCUUCUCCCGAAUCACUGAGUAGGAAAUCUUCGCAAACCGGUUCGCCACCAGCCAACACAGCCAAACCGCUACAGAUUGAUCUCUUACUGCGGAAUUGCGCAAUAGGCUUGAAUCCUCAAAAGGUAUCAUCAAAAGGCCUCUUCGUGCUUACUGAAGCACAUGUUGCUGGCAAGCAGGUGAAGGAUGAGUACUCCGUCAUUGUGGAACUCCGGAAAGCAUCUAUGCAUGCCAUCGAUGAUAUCGCCCGGCUCGAAGAAGAACGUGACCUGGGCCCCCCGUCCAAGACUGUUGGCACAAACCGCUACCUCCGGGAGCUCGGCGAACUCGGUUAUGUAUCGUUGAGCUCAAUUUCCGCCGCCAAAGUCCACGUUAGCAUCACAGGGGAUGGCGAUGAAACUCCUCAACUUGUUGACGUGGAGUUCAAGAACGAGCUGUUCGUCAUUGAGUCCUGUGCGGACUCAACACAGACUCUGAUCGCGAUAUUAAAUGGUCUACAGCCGCCAAUGCCUCCAUCAAAUGCGGAUAAAUACCGGACGGUUGUGCCAUUACAAGAGAUGAUGGAGUCUUUCACCGGCGAUGCGUUCAUCCCAGAUGACGAUGAUUCCGAACCCGACGAUUUCAUGCAGAAUGCUGAUCUGGUCGAAGAUGAGGUUCCUACCAAUCUCGAAUUUGUCGGCAGUUUUUACAAUUCUCAAUCUUUGCCCACGGAUGAAGAAAUGGGGGAUAGCCUGCUCUGUGAGGAUGACCUCGAUGCUCUGGCUACACCGCCAACUACACGACAGCGUGAUGAUCGAGCAUUACUGGAGAGUUUCCAGGAAAGGCACGAAGUAGUCGAGACCGAGCCAGGCUUCGCGUUCAACGAGACGUACUUCGUUGAGUCUGAUUCAGAGCGCCAAGGCAAAGCUCGGAAAUGGGAUUCUGCUAAGAAUCAAUACCACCUAUCCAACGAAUUCAAAGUGCCAGAUGCACCACUCAAGGUUCGGGUGCGCGACGUCAACGUCAUUUGGAAUCUCUACGAUGGCUAUGACUGGCCACGAACACGAAACAUCAUUAGUCAAGCUGUAGAUGACGUUGAAGCUCGUGCUGAAGAACGGCGGCAACGGGCUCGGGAGGAAGAUGAAGACGAUGACUUUGUUGAAGAAGACUUCUUGUUCAAUUCGGUGUGGAUCGGUGUGCCAGUCAAGGACGAGAAAGGUGCUCUUGCACGCCGGAUCAACCACGACAUCGAUGACCUGGCGAGCGAGACUGGCAGCUAUGCGACUUCAACAGCGACUCGUUCCACUGGUGCUACGGCGCGGCCACGUGGUUCCACAAAGUCUCGACGACGUCUCAAACUCGAACGUAGCAAACACAAGAAAAUUGCUUUCUCCAUCAUGGGGGUAGCUGUCGACCUGAUUGUCUUUCCUCCAAACUCUGGCGAGACAAUCAGCUCAGUAGAUGUUCGUGUGCGAGAUCUUGAAAUCUUCGACCACGUUCCUACAUCGACAUGGAAGAAAUUCGUAACCUGUGCAGUGGAUCCAGCCGCGCGUGAAUUGAAUCGACCUAUGAUUAAUCUGGAGCUGGUAACUGUUAAACCGGUGACCGAUCUUGCUGCUUCCGAACUGGUUAUCAAGGUCACUGUGCUGCCUUUGCGGCUCCAUGUGGAUCAAGAUGCGCUCGAUUUCAUCACUCGUUUCUUCGAAUUCAAAGACGACUCUGUUCCAACACCAUCACCAUCCGCAGACCAGCCGUUCAUCCAACGGCUUGAAGUGAUGGCUGUGUCCAUGAAGCUUGAUUAUAAGCCCAAGCGUGUGGACUAUAGAGGUCUUCGGUCUGGUCAUACUACUGAGUUCAUGAAUUUUUUAAUCUUAGAUGGCUCUGAUAUAACGUUACGCCACGCUAUCGUCUACGGAAUUACCUCUUUUGACAAGUUGCACAAGAUUUUAAACGACAUUUGGACUCCGGAUGUGAAGAACAACCAACUGCCUGGCGUGCUUGCAGGCCUUGCUGCCGUUCGCCCACUCGUCAAUGUCGGCUCCGGUGUUCGUGAUCUUGUUGUCGUCCCGGUGCGCGAGUACAAAAAGGACGGUCGCAUCGUCCGCAGCCUGCAGAAAGGGAUGUAUGCGUUUGCCAAAAACACGACAUCUGAAGUUGCACGCCUGGGUGCAAAGGUUGCUAUCGGAACCCAGACGUUGUUGGAAGGCGCAGAGGUCUUUCUGAAUCCGCAGACCGGCUCAUCAUCGCGAGCACAGCAUUUGGACUGGGACGGUGAAGACCCGAAUUCGGACAGUGAAGAGCCGCGGGCGGUAUCGCAUUACGCCAACCAACCUCUUAGCGUGCGUGCUGGCCUACGGUCGGCAGUGCAUCACCUGGAGCGGGACAUUCUCAUGGCUCGCGAUGCGGUGAUAGCAAUACCACAAGAGGUGAUGGAAGAAGGGAGUGGGGUGGGUGUGGCGAGGGCUAUUGCGAGACAUGCACCUACCAUCAUUCUCAAGCCUGCGCUAGGGGCUACGAAGGCAGUGAGCAAUGCGCUACUUGGAGUUGGCAAUGCGCUUGAUCAGGGAUCCAGGCGAAAAGUAGAAGAUAAAUACAAGUCUUACUAG